UGUAUAUUUACGGCGGAUAGUUCAAAGACAAUCACGCUACGGGCAUCCGUUAUAUGAGUACGAAUUUGCGCUGAAGGUCAUGCUGUGUGUGUGAGGUAUUGAAUUUUAACAGAAAUGCGGCAAACGCUCGAGUGAAUGCAGUAAAAUUAAUUGAAAAACUGUCGGUAAUUUUAAUUUAUAUACGAUCGUAUUUCUUACGGCACGCGCAGGUUGAAAUUAAUAACCCAACGAUGCUAUAAUUGCAAAUUUGAACCACGCGAUCAUUCAGUAUAUGAAGCACAAUUCGUCAUAAGAGACGUAAUUGCGGGGUCGAUGUUGGAUGAUGAAGUUGGAAAAGGACUGGACAGACUUUGCACGAGAGGACAGUUGACAAAUGCUUUUUGUCAAGUGCGAACACGUGUACGUGCUUGUAACGAAUUGAGAAAUAAAAAGGAGGUUUGUGCUUCGAACAAGUUGUCGGCCUUGAGAAUCAUACAAAGAAUUAGUCAUGUAGAUUUUCAGCGAUGGAAUGUAAAAAAGUAACGUUAAAUUUCGCGCUUCAAGGGAAAAAUCAAAAUGGCUGACUAGUGUUAUAUAUAUAUAUAUAGUGAUGUGGAUUUUUGUUGUUUCUGCGCCAGGAGAGUGUAAUUAUUGCAGUUAUUUCCAUGAGCAAAAAACGAGCAUACUAAUAAUUUAAUAUAAUAUGUAUUUGUUCAGUUUCUUUUAUUACUUUCAAUUUUUUCGAUAAUAUCCCAGCACUUCGCUCGAAGAAUAAUUAUCAAAAAAUAUUAGUCAUUCGAUAAAAUGGGAGACAAACGUCAUGGCUUGUCGAAAGAAGAAAUUGCAAAGCAGUUUAUGUUACCAGAAAGAAAAAGUAAGAUAGCAACACUCCUAAAGCAAGAUGGACAAGCAUAUUGUAUAUGCCGGAGUUCUGAUAGUUCUCGUUUUAUGAUAGGAUGUGAUGCUUGUGAGGAAUGGUAUCAUGGGGAUUGCAUAAAUAUAACUGAAAAGGAAGCUAAGUACAUCAAACAAUUUUUCUGUGUUAGAUGCAGAGAAGAAGAUCCAACUCUGGUUACUAGAUACAAACCUAAAAAAUCAGAGCGGGUAGAGAAGUCUGAACAGGAUGAACACAAACAUAAAAGAUACAAAGAAAAAGAAAGAGUUUUAAGGUAUGAGUAUGAUGCUGCAUGGGAUCCAGCAACAACUAAGAAAUCCUCUAAAAGAUGUGGUGAAUGUUCUGGUUGUUUAAGAACUGAUAACUGUGGAAAAUGUGAUGCAUGCAGGCAUUUGAAAAAAUUUGGCCCAUCGGUUAGAUUGAAACUUUGUUGUAAUCAAAGGACCUGUAGAGUUCUCGGGGAUCCAUUAAAGCCAUCAAAAAGUCUUAACCGUAAUACAAAAUUAAACAGAAAACGAAGACGCGAUUCUAGUAAUGAAAGAAUAGAUUAUCUUGAACCACCCAGACAUUGCUAUGGGCCUUCAUGUACAAAACAAUCCAGGCCUGGUAGCAAGUAUUGCUCUGAAGAUUGUGGAAUCAAAUUAGCUACUAGUAGAAUAUUUCAAGUUCUUCCUCAAAGACUUCAAGAAUGGGCUCUAACACCUUGUAUAGCUGAACAAAACAAUAGGAUAUCUUUGGAAACGGUUCGAAGACAAAUAUAUGAGUCACAGAGGAUUCUUGAUGAAUUAGACAAGAGACAUGCAGAAUUAGACAAAAUCGUAGAACGUGCCAAACACGCUAUGAUAGAUCCCAAAGCUGAAACUGAUGAUGCUGAUGAUACCGAGAUGAGUAUGUACUGUAUUACGUGUGGUCAUGAAAUAAAUUCAAGGACAGCUAUUAAACACAUGGAGAAAUGUUUUAAUAAGUAUGAAUCUCAAGCGUCAUUUGGAUCAAUUUUUAAAACAAGAAUUGAAGGACAAGUUAUGUUUUGUGAUUCUUACAAUCCAAUAAAUCAAACCUAUUGUAAAAGACUGAAAGUGCUUUGUCCAGAGCAUUGUAAAGACCCUAAAAUAAGUGACACAGAAGUAUGUGGGUGUCCUCUAGUGACAAAUGUUUUUGAUGCUACAGGUGAGUUCUGUAGAGCUCCGAAAAAGCACUGUGUAAGGCAUUAUGUAUGGGAAAAAUUACGAAGAGCUGAAAUAGAUAUGGAAAGAGUGCGUCAAUGGUUAAAACUUGAUGAACUUAUUGAACAAGAAAAACAAAUUCGAUCAAAUAUGGCAUCUAGAGCAGGUGUGCUUGCUCUUUUACUACAUUCAACUUAUAACCAUGAAAUAAUGGAGCAAAUAACACAACAGCAGAAUAGAGAGCAAAUGAGAGCGAUGGAAGAAGAAAUGCAGAAAUAUAGUAUGCAAAUAAAAACGGAGCAAAAGAAUGAUUAGUUUAAAUUUAUAUUUAAUCAGUAUGCAGGUCCUAUUUUUUAAAAAUCAGAUUUCAAAUUAUUCAAGUAAAAUAAUUUUGUAGACAGUGUAGUGUGUAAAUAAUUUUAUUACAUUACUGAUAAUAAUUUACAAUUUGUACAAUGUUUUUCGAAAUAACAAUAAAUUCAAGAUGAAUUAUUACGCUUAUGUAUAAUCAUCAUUAAUUUAGAUAUACUUCUCUUUUAAAUUUAAAUGAUUUUAAUGUGUAUUCUUUUGUACAUUUUCGCUAUUGCAUUUUUUUCUUAAAAACUGAUUUAAAUGCAAAAUGUCAUAAAUUAAGUAGCUGCCAUAACUAAUAUUGUAUUGCUCUAAGAAUUAUAAAGUAACUUCAAAGUUGAAAAAUAUAGUUUCAAACAUAUUUAAAACGUUGAUUAUAUUACAAAAGUUAAUACAUGUAUUAUUUUUCUUUUUGUAAAAAACUUUUAUCUUAUUAAACCAACUUUGCACAUAUUUUAUUAAAUUGCCAAAUAGACACAUUUAAUAUUUCUAUUAACUAGUCUCUUGGCAAUCAAUUUGCAUAUACAAAAUACUUCAUUACUAAUAAUAAUUCUCUUAUUUUCUAUAACUUAUAUAUUUGCAAAAUACUUUUAAUGUAUUAUUUUGAAAGCUUAAUGUAAGAUAAUAAUAUAAACAAGAAUACUCAUUGAACCUAUAUUAAUAUUAAAAUUUGUCUCCAACAUAAAAUUUAGAUAAAAUAAAAUAAAAACGAAUAAAAAAAAUACAUACGUUUGCACUUAUCACUUUUCUUUGCAAUAGUUUGAAACAAAAAAUAAA